AUGGCAGCAGAAGCCGUCGAGAAGAUGCUGCCGGUCAAGGAGGCGCCGAUCUCUGGCUGGUGGGGAGUUUGUCGGCUUGUCGCGUGCGCGACCAACAUCAGCAUGAUUAUUGGGAUGUACUCCGAGUAUCUCUGGGCGGCCGAUUGGCCGGAGUUGCCCCAGCAGUGUGAGUACCGGAGCUCCUUGCCUUGGCUUGACCUGGCCGACUGCUUCCAUCGUUACACCUUCUCGCAUGCCAUGCUUCGUGGCCAGAACCUGACCAUUUUCGCCUUUAUUGGUGCCCUGGUGGCGGCCUGCCUAACUAUGGUGGAGCACCACCGUGUGAGGCGGCUCACGCAACUGUUAGAGGCUCGGCUGCGCGGUGACCGCACCCCAGCAGAGAGCCAGGUGGCUGCAGUGCAGCGCUCAAUGCAGUGUCUGUCCAUCUACUCCCGGCUCAUGGACGUGGCCUUCCCUGGAGUGCUGCUUCUGGUGCCUUUCAACCUGGAACGUCCUCUGAUGCACUACGGCUGCACGGCUCUGGUGGUCGCAUCAAUGGUUUCUGGGGUGCUCUGCUACGCGAACAUGCCGCUCUCUGCUGCCGCAGGGGAUGAGGACGAUGAGCUGGGACAGUGGGCUCAGCGGCACGCACGACUCCGUUUCAAGGCGUGGUGCAUCAUUGCGCUGCACUUUGUUUUGCCGACGACGGCUGCCGUGCAUCACUUUGCCUGGUUGGAUGUGACAGGGCGCCUCUUCGGCCUUUGCGAAGUGUCAGCUAUCCUUUCCUAUCAGCUCUUCCUGGCCUGGUUUGCCACUGAUGACUUUGCCACAACCCGAAGACGGGGGGGCCUGAAGGAGGCUGCUUCCUGUGCGUCGCUCGUCGGAUGA